AUGGCCCAGGAUGCUUUGGAAACCCUCCAGCGGAUAGUCUGGCAAGCGCGUAUACCGUUGGAGAUCAGGCUGGCGGCUUCGGAGUGUCGCUCCUUCAAUGAAGCUGAUGCGUAUCUGAUCGCCUAUCCACGUCUGUCCUAUCUUCCCUUGCUGCUUCCAAAGUUGCAUGCCUUCUUCUCAACCUCGCUGAUUGCCGAUCCGGAGACGGUCUCCCCUUAUACCGGCUAUUUUACUUACGACGGUGUUCCCUUGAAAUGGCAUCUGCCGGUGGGAUUGCUCUAUGACAUCUAUGUCUUGUCCACUCGGGAUGCCGGUGCAGACAACGCGGCUCCGACCUCGUUGCCGUUCAGACUGACCUUGCAUUUCGCGCCUGACCCCGAGAAGCCAACCAUGGCUGCCACGCCGGUCGUUUUGCACGACUCCUUCAUCAACUCGGUGAAGGAGGCGGACUUUUUGAGAUCAGGCACGGCAAAGCCCAUCAUGACACUGGGGGCGCAGGAAAGCAGGGCUCUGUGGUCUUCUACACAGGACAACGACUUGCCCACUUUUGCCAAAAUCCACGCCGGUCUGAUGCCGUCGCCCGGGCAAUUGAGGAACAUCCCUCUACGAGUCUAUCUCCCGUCUCCGCCAGACCAGGACCCGAGCAAGGCACAGAUCAAAGUGUUACAGUCACAUAUUGCCCCUACAGUGGCCAUUGCAACACAGAACUCUCCCGCGGCUUUACGUGGCGGUACUGGAGGAGGAGCAGGACCGGCCCAGGCCCAGACGCUAGGCACAGCCUUACAUCAGUUGGUUCCCAGCCUUUUCCCAUCUCGAAGAACCCCGAUUCUUGCUACACCGCUGUUGCAUGGGGCACCUGUCCCCAUGAGUGCGCAUCUGGAGGAACUGGUGCGAUGGGGUUGCUAUGCAGAUGGGUGGUUGUCGGUGGUGCUAGCCAUGCGCGGAUAA